AUGAGUAGGUGAGUGUUUUUAACUUUUCCUGAGGCUACCCAGUGGAAGUGCACAUUUAUGUCAUAGUGUGACUUUGAAUUAUACGUGAGCAUAUUUAUAAACGGAAACCUACAGAAAUUCUAAUUUGGUUUCUCCCACCAAUGCAGGGCUGAUUAAAUGGCUGAACAUACAUGUUAUGUAAUUUAAUGGUAAUAAUGCAACUCAGCGGUAACCUGCCUCAGGCAGCACUUUACAUUGCGAUAGUAACUUCAAAUUUAAUAUUUAUUUAAUACUUGUCGCGUGCAUGCGAGUAACAUGCUUGACACUGCAAUUGUGGAUCCUUUUUAACAAUUCCGUCAGGGCUUAUUCAUUUCGGGGAGUUUACAGGGCAGAACGGGAGCUUGUUCGGAGAAGGGUUGAUAGCGAGGGUAACAUCUAGGUUAAUUUAUUGUCCAUGCAGAAAAACGUGAAUGUUUUAGGCACGCGUGCGUUUUAUUGUGUCGGAGAAGUAGUAGUAACACAUUACUGGGAUCCAUGGUAUACCUUCUUAACAGACGUUCAGAAUCCAGCAGACCAAAAAUGGUGGAAUUCCCAGAAGUGCGUGAAAAUUGACCACGUAUUUUUCGUGGUGAGGUGGUUUAACACAUCACUAAACAUCCGUUGUAGAAGCAUUUUCAUGCAUGUACUCUUAACCCUAAAGCCAGGUAGGCGGAACUUUGUGUGCGCGGAGCGGAAACUUUCUUUGUCUUGUGAUUUCUUGGGUGGAACUAUUUAGAAAAGACAAAGAAAAAUUCCGCUCCGCACGCAAAGAAAACCUACUCAAAGAAAAGAAAACCAAAGGAAACCUUUCUCAACCUACUCUAACUCCCCCUCUGCUAUGAAAGAGAGAUUUCUGAUCUGGUAUUCUUCUUCAAGGCUCUCUUUGGCAACACAGAUUUGGAUGUCAACACCUUUGCCUCCUUUUCCAACAACAAUCGGACCCGACUCUGUCAAAAUCCCUCCCUCACCCUUAAAGUUCCCCUCUGUAAAUCCAACACAUUCAAAGCAUCCUAUUUCAACCAACUAGUUAAAAUAUGGAACUAUACCUGUAAAAUUCUACCUCCAACCACCUUCGCCACCCUCUCCUCGUUUAAAAGAAACAUUAGAAACACAUAUGAACACUUGCUUGGAACAAUGUUCGACAUAGAAAUGCCAUGUACAUGGUCAUUAGUGCGUGACUGUCCAUGUCAUACAACUUAAUAAAUAACUGUGUUUCAUGUUUGUGCUGUUUUUGUAUUGUAUUUUGUUCUAUUUUAUUGUUUUGUAUAGUUUUAGAAUGGUAAGCACCGGCAUGGGACUUCGUAUUAGGACUUGAUAUUGUCCAUUUGGGUAUUCUACUUAUUUCUAUAUAGAACUGUUGUGUUUAAAACGUUGUAGAAUUCUCAAUAAAAAUUGUUAAAUCAAAGUUUCGCCUAGUGGAAAUUCUGUAAUGGGAUCAAAAUAUAACCAUUUAAAAUUUACGUCUUGCUUCAUUCAGUACAUAUAUCUUGAGUUUUUCAAGUUUCUUGAGUUUUCGGUUUUUGUUUUAUAUUUUACUUAGUUUUAAAUUGUCGGCUGCAUGGUUUUCGAUUUUGAAAGGUCAAGCACAGUUUAUGUAAUUCUAGUUAUACUAUGUGAACUAUUUUAUAGUUGUCGAGUUGCUUAUAUUUGUGAUGAACGUCUUUCUGGCUUGGGAGAAUUGGGCAAACACAGUGUCUAUAAACUACGUAAACUAUUUUUCUUCUUUUUUUCAUGUUUCGCAGGGAGAGAACCUUGGAAACUGGCAGUAGAGUGCGAAACAUAGAGGGCACUAGUGAGUGCAGUGCACGAGAUUAUGAAUCGUGGAAAGAAUAUUAUAAAGGCGGUAAACGUGGUCACAAAUCGCGUCCAUGGCCCAAACAGUGUCGCAUUCAUGGUUGUAUUAAGAGGGCUACAGUUGGAGCCCACGUAGAGCGUGAAGACGAAAGUGGGGUGUGGAUAAUUCCUAUGUGUACAGAGGACAACAACUAUUAUAAUGAGGAUUGGAUGACCGUUAAUGCGGACACCAUUGCAGUGCAAGUUGAGGAGGAAGACGCAAGAGGAUUUCACGGGCACUUUUUUUAAAUGAAAGAAAGAAAAACAUGUAUACUUGUAAAACUGAUGCAUGUAAUUAAAAGUUUCUAUGUAAUCUAUCUUGGUCGUUUCUUCUGUAUGCUUCAAAAUAGUUUUGUUGUUGUAAAUACAAUAGAUGACAAAACACCAGGUAUAUAAUUCUUUUCUGAAAAAGAUUUUGACACAGAAUUUUUCACCAUUAGUAUGCAUGACUACCAUAUUUUCAGUAUGUUUGUAUAUUUACCAUUUUCGGAAUACUGUAUAAAUAUACUGAAAAUAUGCAAACUUCGCAAGGCUAUAUUUUCUGUAUUUUACAACAUUUCGCAACCAAACUUUGCAAUUUUAGUAAUUUUAAUAAGUUCUUUACGGGAAUUUACUUUUUUUUGCCUAAAUAAAAAAUUAGUCUAACAUGCAAGUUGUCUAUUGGAUUUAGAGAAAUUGCAUUAUUCGUGAACCAACCAUGCAGAUGUAUUAUUCGGUUUCUGUUCAACACUACAACAGAAACUUUCUAGUCAGUUUUUGUUGAAAUUUUCUGUGGUUGACGGCUAUAUGCCUAUAAUAUUUAAUCGCUAAUAAUUCAAUUUAUUCUUUUGAAUUCGAUUUAAGUUGUAAUGCAGAACUUUGCCCAUUGAAACAGGGUGUUUGCUGUGUAGUUAUAUAGCCAAAUUAUCGAAACAACAAUAGCCGGAAGCUCAUCAAGUUCAUCAUGACCUCCAUUAUACGAUCAUAUUUUUCAUGCAGUGCCAGUGGACUGUACGAAUCUAAUACGUUCACAUUUUAACGCUCAAUUUAAUAAUGCUACACUUUCAUGCAGUGUUGCAAUGCCCGCUGCCAUUAGACCAUGAAGGCUCAUUAUGAAGGCUCAUUUUCUAUAUCACUAUAUGCAAGUUGCUUUCGCUUUGGUUGAUUCAUGAUGUAUUAUAGGUCAUAUUGUGAUCGUGAUAAACACAUUUAUCUUUAUACUGCUACUAUAUAUAAUUAUAGUCUAUAUAUGGCGUUGUUUUGAUGUUUUUUAUUCAUUACUCAUGCUGAGGGAAAUUCCCUGAUAUAGGCCUACACGCAUAUAACGUCAUUGGAAAUCCUCUGAAACAUAGCAUAACCACAAUCUUAGUUUCGUUUCGGAUCUGUUGGGAUCAUACAAAAUAUUCUUCGACUUCAUCUUUAAUAUUCGUCAGGUACGUCUAUUGUUUGUAUAUAUCAGAUCAUAUAUUGCGGAUUUUACGGUAAAAGAAGCAGUACUGUGCUAACAUUCAAAAUAUUUCCGAACGAAUAUAGACAGAUUGGCUGAUAAUAUUGCCACGCAUUCAUGGAAUAUAUCUUUAUCGAACUUGUGAAACGUUUCAAAAACAAAGUUUUUAAAUUGGGUCAUGCAUGACAAAAGGAGUAAAUUAACGAAGAAGAAAUGGGUAUUCCUCUUCCUAACCAUGAAAUGCAGGAUGUGUAAUGGAAUAAUUUAGACAACUAUACCUGCCAUUACGGGACAGGUUGUAAAAUUGCAUAAUAUAUACUUUCUAUAGAAUAUAAGGUACAAUGUCAAUGUUCAUAUAGAUAUAAACUGUUGUGCCCAUUAACUUACACUUUCGAUUUUUAAAAUUUUCAAUGUAAGAUGCAUCAGUGAUCCUUGUCACAAAUCUUUAGUUUUAAAACUAAACGCUAGGGGGAGCUGUGUAGCUCUGCGGGGGUGAAAAACAGGAUUCAGGGAAGAACCAAGAUGGCCGACUUAUAAAAAACACUAAAAUUUAUAUAUUCCGUAUAGUUUUAUUAAAAAUUUAUAAAAGUAUGUGAGUUCAGUAGUUGUCCUGUAAUGUGAUCAAUACAGGUUUAUCAAGAAUUCCCUGACAAUCCUAAACUCGCUAUAACGCCUUUAUAGCAAUGGUGAUGUGUGUAAGUCUUUACCGUGAAGUCUCAUGGAUGAGAAAUUCCCUGCAAUAAGUUCAUGAUCAUCAUACUUAUUUAAAUAUGUGUAAUAGUAUACUGUAUAUCCGUUAUCGCAUGCAUAUAAUUCGAUAAUUUCAAGUAAUACCUAGCGUAUGUUACAUAAACUUUUUGGGGUAACUCACGUCCAUGAAAUCUAAGAAAAAACAUGAAAUAUGAGUUUGUUUCCUGUAUAGGAUGAGCCAUCUGAUAUUAAGUAAUACUGACGAUAUAGAAAAUAUUCAGCACAAACAUACUCCUAAGCCAGUGGGUUUCAGUUCUUGGAAGGAGUAUUGGUGUGAUCAGUCAGAUGAAGAUUGGCCAGAAACGUGUCGAUUUCGUGAUUGCCGCAAUAACGCAGAUGGCAGUGCCCACGUUAUUGUAAACGAUGAUGAAGACUGCGAGUAUAUCAUCCCGAUGUGCAACAUUCACAACGGUGCAGGGUUUUCAGAAACCUUUUCAGUGAACUCUGGCACUUUUGCUGUCUACAUUGAUAAAGAAGAAAUCGUGACAGAUCUUGUUGCCAAUCUGACCGACAAGUAAGUAUGCAAUACUUGGAUUCUUUUACCAUAUCAACUGAUGUGAUUUUUAAUAAAAUCAUUUUAGAUUGUCAUAAUACACUGCAUAUCCUCACAUAGAUAACAAUAAACAAUAAUACAACCUUUAUUUUUACAUGAAAGUCUGUAAUCCUGACUCGAUGCUUACUAGUGUGGGAUAUUUAAUGUCUAAUAUAAAAAAAUAUUCGCCUUAGAGUAAGCCUUUUUUGCCAGUAAAAUAUUUGAAAAUGCAUGGUUGGCUAUGCCGUUUCGUGAAACGCGCGUGGAAAUUGUAGUCCCGCGCGCUAUUCACGCGAUGUCGUAGCAAGUUAAAGCGCCUGGUUACAAGGCUGGCAGACUAUAAGUCACUCAUUUUUUCCUUUGUUCAGUUUAGGUGAGUUGUCCUUGAAAAGUGGUAUGCGAGUGCAGAACAUCUCGGGCACUCAUGCUUGCUUGCCACGAGGUUAUGGGUCGUGGAAGAAAUACUAUAAGGACGAUGACGAGCGUGAAUGGCCAGACACGUGCCGCAUCGGCUGCUGUGAAAAACCUGCAAAAGGGGGAGCCCAUGUUCACAUUGAAGGGAAACGUAAUUGUACAUGUGUGUAUAUUGUACCCAUGUGUGAGCAGCACAACACCGCUCAAAAUAAAGAUUGGUUACCUGUGAAGAAAGGCACCAUUGCGGUGCGCGUUGACCAGGGAGACACACGUGGACCCGCUGGCACCUGUUAUAGCACAAAAUGUCGAUAGAUUAUGGAGUUGCACUAUAUUUUCAAUGUACUAUGUAUUAGUUGUAAGAUUCAUGAAUAAUUAAUGAGGAUAGAAAGCAAUCAAGCUGGAAAUGUAUUUAGGUCACACACAUAUAUUGUAACCUUGGCACCUUGCUCUGUAUUGACAGUACAUGAAUAUAAAGUUCAGGAAAAUCAUCAAUGUAAUUAAGAGAAGUUGAAUAAGAACGGUCGACAGUCGAGUACGGCUGAACAGUUCAUAUUAACACAGUAAUAGUGACAUGUCUCAUUGACUUGAUAUAUAUGGCCCUGGUAAUUUCGUUUAUUAAAAUAAUAUUAAUAUAAAAAGUGAUUUGUUAUAAUUUAGAUAAUAUGCAUGUAGGACAUGAUACUGCGAUUACUCUGUUUGACCAAAUAAGCUGCAUGCUGAUGCAUUGAAAAACUAUGUCUACAUAUAUAUGGUCAUAUCUUAAUUAUAUGCAUAUAAAAGCAAAAAGAACACAAAGCUCGUUAGCAAAAUUUUUUUGCUCUAUUAAAGGUGCUCAUAAAAAUUAUUGAUCUUGUCUAACUACAAUCCUGGACAAAAGAUCUGCGACACUUCCAAUUACUUGACAAAAUGUCGUAAUAUUAUCGUAAAUUUAUAAAACCUCCCCCUUUCCCCCACCAUUCAAUGUUGAUUGCAUUCGUAGAAUACGGAUAAAACGUUCAACAUUGUUUUGGGGGGCGAGGGGGGCAAACGAGUAAAUUAUUCUGGUCUAACUGGUAAAAAAAGCCACAAAGGAAAGUUUUAAUAGAGUGUCGCAGAUGGUUUUGUCAUGCAGGAUUGUAGAAUGUGGGCUCAUUAUUCUCACUCCUCAGCAAUGGCUUCGUUAAAUACCAUCCACCUAAACUGAUAAAUCGGCCAACUAAAAUCAUGUGCUUAAUCUUUAUAAAAACCUGAUGUAUACAAAAUGAGUAAAAAAAUCUCUGAAGUAACUACUUGCAACAAAUUGGAUGGGUUCUCUUUUACAUAUGAAGCAUAUUUGUCCAAAUAUACUGUCGAACAAUCUUGUUGGCUCUGUUCACUAUUGCAUGGCCUUCGUAUUUCAUUCACGUCCUCCCAGUUGGUAUCCCUAUACACGAUGAUUACAUUAUGUGUAGGUUUUUGUCGUCCUCUUCUUUUUUUCCAUUUGUUCUAAUUGUUGGUUCCCUGAGUGCUCGGUGGGUCAUAUGUACAGUGGUAGCAUAGGCAUAAUAAGUGCACGUCGAUGCAACUAUAAUAGAUGAUGGAUGAAAAUACCUGGCAACGCAGGAGACUUGGAAGAGUCAGAGUGCCAGCGACCGUAUAAAUCAGCAAUUAAUAUAUGUUAAGGCAAAAUAUAGGAAAUCCCGUUUCAUGUCCGAAUAUAGGAGCUAGUUGUUUUGCUUCUGAAAAAUACCACGUUUAUUGAAACAAAAAGUUUCUUUCAUAAGCAUUUUUGAUGUUUUGUAAAUAUUCGUUGGGCUCGUGUAUUGCCUCUGUUUAUAAACUCAAAUGAAAUGCAUGUAAAGUCUUGUUGUUUCACUUACCUUUUACUAAAUGUAGUUGGAGCUGUCUAGCUUCAAUUAGUCAAUCAUAUCGGCUCCCUCCGUAUAGCGUUCUGUCCGCAAUUGGCUUUGGUCUUUAUAUUUUAUUCACAUAUCCUCCAAAUUGGAAUCAUUACGAUGAUCCCAUUUCUCUUCUUUUGCCCUUUGUUGUCAUUGUUGGUUCCCUAAGGCUAAUUGCGAUGGGUGAUGUGAUAUGAGCAAAAGUUAUAGUAUGACGAUAUGCUGGUAUUAAUGAGAGACAGGUGUCAGAUGCCAUCUUGAUCAUAUAAGUCCAUGUUUAAAUUACCGAGCUGGUUACCUGCAUGCCGAAUUGACAUGAGCUAACUGCAAACAUGCAUGGGUCAGAAGACAGAAGGCCUGAUUUAUUUUUCCGAGGCCAUAUUUCUCAAACACUUCUUUCUAAGCCUCCACUCUAGUUCACUCGCGUACGUACACACAAUUUCUCGUUAAUUGAAUUUGCUGAAGUAAGCAAAUUUAUUUGUUUGGCUUGUGGAGAACAUCAGGCUUACUGAUUGCUGCAAAGCUUUUAAUUCGAUAUCAAUGCUAAUAAUAUGAUGAAAAUCCAGGCUUAUAUGGUUUGAAUGUUUUGCGAUAAUAUGAACCGUGAUAUUCUGUAUACAAUCCAAAACAAAUAUUAUAUAAUUCAAAUUGCCAUGCAAACAUACAAAGAACUAAGCAAAUUGUUGAAAAAAUGCAGUUGCAUCAUGCAACAGCAAGCAUAAAAUGGUGGUAAAGACUCGUAUAUAUGUCUCUCAACGUAUACGUAUUUUUCAAUAUCAUGACGCAAGUUGGUUUCACUUUGCUUGGAAGGAUGUACAUACAGCAGGCAUUUGAUAUGUAUACAUGUCAUGAUAUAUUGCAUAUAUUAUGUGAUUUCUUGGAAGAACUGUUCACGGAAAACACUGUCAUGUGACUACCAACAGUCCACGUGCGGUAUUGUUUCAAUCUAUUUCAUCCUCAUUACUCAUGCUAAGUGAAAUCCCUGAUACCAUUGAGAUUGAGUACUUGAUAGUCGCCAUCCUCAAGGUAUAUAGGUACGUCUAUUGUAUAUCUAAUUUUAUUGCUAUAUUGAGUAUUGUAUGUCUGGCUAUGUAUAUAUCGCUGCAUGCCUUAUACUGUAUAUAUAUAAAGAAUAAAUUAUAUAUGCGAUUGUAACGGAGCUGGAAUUUCGGGCGGGAUAUAGGCAGACUGAUGGAUUAGAUUGUUCAUAUAUUUAUACACAAAACAAUGUGUAUUGAACUUUAUAUCCAAGUCUGAUACGAAGUCUUCAAAUUGAGUCGUGUAGUCACAAGAAAAUGAACCAAAACUAGGAAUCGUCCUUAGGCUUAGACUUGUAUAUAGCGAUUUAUAUAGGCUAUGAAAUUCUUUUCGAUCAAUUUAAACAAUUUCAAUCGUAUAGUGGAACAACACCUCUGAGAGUUAGUCUGUUUCGUCUAGGGUGAUCGAAAUUAAACUUAUCUAAUCCUAUAGGCCUACUCUUUCAGAAAGGAACAUCGCAUUUCCGCCGAGGAGUUGCAAUUUCCCAGUCGCUUAUUUGCUGUUCGGCUCGCUUAUCAGUGAUUUUUCCAUGCCUUCGCUAUAUUUGCAUUUAUGCACGUGGUAAUUAAUUGAUUCAUCCAUAUUCUACAGCUUUUCAAGCCAAGUUAUAAUACAUAGAAUAUUUCUUGAAAUUUUUGGGCUAAAUUGUAUUUGUGAAUUGUAGAAGUUACAGUAACUGUUUAAAUAUUUGGAAUUUCUUUACGGUGUUCGUUGACAUUUGUCUUUGUAGUUUCCACCGUGGUAUUCAAAUAAUUGCCGAUUAUUGGUAAAUUUGUUGCUCGUCUAUAAUUGACACUGUCACUGCGUUCUCUUCUCAUAGGGACACGACAAGAAAUUCGAAGAAAGGCAGAAAGAAAGGAUUUUUAUCAUGGGCAAGUGAGUGUUUUAAACUAUAUCUUAGGGGAAGGGUUGAUAACGAGGGGUUAAUUGAUUUUGCUGACAUGCAACUGCAAGGUUUAAAAUGGUAUAGUAAGAGACGAGGUAAGAGAUUGAAAUUAUUUAUAGUAUAUAGUAGUUUUGUAGAUAUAAGUUGACUUAGUUGUUAUAGUGGUUUGCCUUAUUUUCUUUUUUUCUUUUCGGGGGGACCUUUAAAUUAAGCAAGAAUGCAUAGUAGUAUGUGACUAUAGUAUAGUUGUUAACAGGUUAACUCGACAAUCUGCCCAUUUAAAGGAAUUAGUGGAUAUAGAUCUAACGCCGGAUCCCAAUAUGUAAAUGAUAUUCGAUUCAAUUAUUUUCACUGAGUUCAGUACAUGCAGGUAUUCGCGAAGUACAUGAGAACAAGUGCGAACUGCUUAAUCAGAUGAGCGCGUUGGUCAGAAUUAGAAUGCAUGGGUUGGUGGAUGGGUCGGGCAAUAAUAUCUAGGUUAAUUUAUUGUCCAGAAAAACGUGAAUGUUUUAGGCACGCGUGCGUUAAUUGUAUUGUGUCGGAGAAAUAUAGCGAUAAGACAUUAGGAUAUAGUGUACGUACCUUCUCAACAGACGUUCAGAUUCCAAACUAAUUAGAAAAGACAAGAAAAAAUUACUCUCUAGUGGAAAUUCUAUAAUAGGAUCUAAAUAUAACAAUUUAAAAUGUACGUCUUGCUUCAGCACAUAUAUCUUGAUUUUUCAAGAUGUUUUCAUUUUUCGGUUUUUGUUUUAUAUUCUAUUUUUUUAAAUUAUCGUCUGCAUGGUUCUCGAUUUUGAGAGGUCAAGCACAGUUUAUGCAAUUCUAGUUAUAUAAUGUGAAUUAUAUUAUAGUUGUCGAGUUGCUUUUAUUUGUAUGAACUUCUUUCUGUCUUGGGAGAAUUGGGCAACCACAGUGUCUAUAAACUACGUAAACUAUUUUUUUAAAUUUUUUCACGUUUCGCAGGCAGAUAACCUUGGAAGCUGACAGUGAUGUGCGCAACAUCGAGGGCACUAGUGAGUGCAAUGCACUGCGAGGUUAUAGUUCGUGGAAACAGUUUUACAUUGGUGAAACGGAUAUCGAUACAUCAUGGCCAGCACAGUGUCGCAUCCAUGGUUGUUCCAAGACGGCCACAGAUGGAGCCCACGUAGAGAUUGAUGGGGAAAAUGGGGUAUGGAUUAUACCCAUGUGUCAUAAGCACAAUAACCCUAAUAAUGAGGUUUGGAUGACUGUUAAUGCAAACACCAUUGCAGUGCAAGUUGAGGAGGAAGACACAAGUGGAGGUUCUGACACUUGUUAUUAAAGGAAAGAAAGACAGAGAAUGAAAGCACUGUGUAUGUAUACUUGUAAAACUGAUGCAGCUAAUUAAAAAUUUCUAUGUGAUUUAUCUUGGUCGUUUCUUCUUUAUGCUUCAAAAUAGUUUUGUGGUUGUAAAUACUAGAUAUGACAAAACACCAGGUAUAUAAUUCUUGUCUGAAAAAGGUUUUGAGUUUUGACACAGAAUUUUUUACUAUUAGUAUGCAUGACUACUCAACAAUGGUAUUAUAAGUGUUGAUAUUGUGCUCUUUCAUGCAAGUUGAGGUGGUAUUUGUUUAAUUAAAUCCUUAUUCGAUACUAAAAACAUUGUCCACAUGUACAAAGUAGCCACUUGCUUUUUUCUAUCUUUAACCUAUCAGUUUCUGAGUGGCAUAACUAAACUCCUUUGGGUGCCGGUAUGGACCCUGUAGGCAGCAUAACACCAUUUCAAAGUUGAAGUUUCUAAGUGGAAAUACAGGGAAUACUUUAGCCCAAAGUUACAUCACUUGUAUGUUAAUGUGUUACUCCUAACAUAUACCCCCUGGCACUAAAUAUGGCUUGUCUCUUCUUACAUGUCAUACAUAUCAUGGGAUUACAGCUCUGGAAUGUGAGAAUUUUAAAAUUUCAGAAAUAAUGUUGUAUGUAGGGGAGAUAGUGUGGGGAAAUUGGGCCACUAUUGUUCAAUUUUUUAAUAUACAAGUUGGACAAAAAUGGUUAAAUUUUUAGCCUUGUAUUUUAACCAUUUAAGGGCAUUAGGCCCUGAUAUGCCCUAGCUACUUUAUUAUUUUAUUAUUCUAGCACCGGAUUAUUUUACUCUGUCCAACGCCAGACGAUGUUACUCGUCAAAGGGAGACUGUUGCCACUUAUGGGUUAAUCGGACUAUCUGCCUUCUUUCGAGGUUGCAAUGCGCGCUGAUGCGCCUUACUUUAUUAUUUUAUGGGCUAACGUAUAUUCCAUACCUGAACUGAAAGGGGACCCUUUGUGGCUGAUGUAUCUUGAGCGCAAAGCUCAGAUACAAUCAACUUUGUUACACUGCAUUGCCCUUCCAUGUUUUCCCUUUAAUUAACCUAACACCCGGCGAUUUUACAGAUCAUUGGGGAGAUUGCUGCUGCCGAAUUGCUUAUUGUGUUUUCAACGAUAUGUCUAGAAACUGUAAUAACUACUCAGAAACUUCAACUUUGAUAUUUUGUUAUGCUGCUUGUAGAGGCCAUACUGGCGCCCAAAUGAAGUUAUCCCACUGAGACUGACAGGUUAAACGUAGGAAAAAGUGGCUAUUUUGUACAGGUGCGGGCAAUGUUUUUAGUAUUGAAUAAUCCAAAGCAAUUCAACCAGGGAUUUAAUCCACUCCUUGUUCGAUGCCAUAUUGAAUGUUAUGGCCGCGUCAGAAAAGCCUGGGAAGGCCAAAUAUAAUUACUGUGCCCUUGCUCGUAAUUACAGUACACAGUUAUAAAUUAAAGUUCAGCAAAGUCAUCACUAGUCAUAAUAAGUUAAAUAAGAAACACACGAUCAAUAGUCGAAUAUAGAAUUGUGACAUAUUCUCAGUGACUCAAUAUACUGUAUAUCUUCUUGUUUUUUUUUAAAGAACGUUAUUGGGUCAUUAACAACUAUAUUUACAAUAAUUAUACUAACAAAUAAUUGGGCAAAGAUACACUAAUUUUAAAAAAAAGUGCGAACGGGAUUCCAAGUCCCAUUCGGGGCACUUCCCAUAAAAAAAGUAAGUUUAUGUCCUAUGGGAGGAGCAACCACGCACGAGGGUCCAUGUACACGGUUGAUCAACAUCAAAAAUUUGAAUAUUGAAAUUAUGAUACAUGAGUUUAAUUGAACAUUUGAAAGUUGAAAGACUCGACAAACUAGUAUAGGGGGAGAUAUUUUAUAGGUUGUGUUCCAUAGUUUUACUAUUCGAUUAAAGUAGGACCCUUGGAAUGUUCUGGUUUUACAAAAAGGAGGCCGAGAUCUUUUUCUUGCCCCACACGAAGCGGUUCCUUAGAGCCAAGUUGAUAAGUGUGUAAUAUUGGGCUUCUCUUUCUUGUCACGGUCAACACCUUCCAUGUAUCAAGGUUAUAGUCAGAGCUUGCUGUUGAUCUUCGCAGUCAGUUACUGAUACGAUGCUUCUGUACAACUUUGUAUCAUCUGCGUAUAAAGCAGCGGUUGUUUUGUCUGGUAUAGAAUCAGGAAGAUCAUUUAUGAACACCACAAAGAGCAUGGAUCCUAAAAUACUACCUUGUGGCACUCCCGAUGUAACGGGAGCCCAUUGAGAUGCCACACCAUCCACUCCUACUCUUUGAAAACGGUCUUUUAAGUAGUCAGCAAACCAGUUAUGUUGUUGACCCGUAACACCAUAGGAUUUCAGUUUUUUAAGAAGAAUUUGGUGAUCGACAGAGUCAAACGCUUUGGCGAGAUCAAGGUAAAGAACAUCUGUUUGGAUGUUUUUAUCAAGGCAUUGUCCGAUUGAGUGGAGAACUGAAAGAAGCUGUGUGACACACGAGCGACCUCGUAAAAAUCCAUGUUGUAACUUGAUAACGAGCUGCUUGAAAUGACCGUAGAAUUUGUUACAAAUGCAGCGUUCCAUGACCUUUCUGAGAAUCGGCAACAGCGAAAUCGGUCAAAAGUUUUCUGCAAGUUCUCUUAAAUCCUUUUUGUGGAUGGGCGUCACGUUAGCUGAUUUCCACUCAGAAGGAAUUCAACCAAUAUUUAAAGAUUGGUUGAACAGUGCACAGACGCUGGGUGCGAUUUCCCGGCUGCAUUCUUUCAAUAGGCGUGAUGGAAUGUCAUCUGUGAUGUGUCAAGAUCGUGAAGACAAGCCUCGACUUCGUCAACACCGAGUGUAAUGUCCGAAAAUUGUAUGAUGGUGCUUAGAGGAGAUGAGUUAUCAUCUACUAUACAUCAGGACUAACAUUAGAUUUUGGCGGCAGAAAUACGGAGGAAAAAUACGAGUUAAAAAGCUCUGCUUUUGCAGCUGCUGUCUUAGCUGUAACACCAUUGUAUGUAAUCUUAGGACUCUGAUUCUCUCGGUGGUGAAUGAUAGCUUUGUGAUAACUCCAGAAUAGUUUAGGGUCAUCUUUAAAGGAGCCUUCAAUUUUGGCUAAAUACUCGCUGUGUUUUCAACUGAUAGCAUACUUGAUUUUUUUAUUUAAAGUACGUAGUUUCUACUUUCGAGCAUCUGACUUGACCAAACGAUAUUUCUUUAGCGCUGUGUAUUUCUUUCGGAUUAAAUGGCGAACCUCCCCGUCAAUCCAAGGUGGAGAGUAUCACUCAUAGUUUUUACUGGGAUGUAACUUUCAACUGCAAUCAAAAACAUAUCUUUCCACUGUAACCAGUACUGGUCAAUGUUGUCUGACGUAGUAAUAUCGAAAGGUACACUCGUUAGAAAAUUCCUCAGAUCUCCGAAGUUUCCACGUUUGUAAUCAUAUACUUGUCGCCUAACUACAAAAAACUGUAAUUGCUGCUAAUUUUUGCAUUAACUAUUGAUACAUUUGAAUUCGAUGUAAGUUGGAAUGCAGAACUUCGCCCAUUGAAACAGUGUGUUUGCUGCAGUAGCCAAAUUAUCGAAACAGCAAUAGCCGGAAGCUCAUGCAGUGGCCUGUACGAAUCUAAUAGCCAUAGGUUCACAUUUUAACGCUCAAUUUAAUAAUGCUACACGAACCUCAUACCCAGGGUCUUACGCAGCUUGAGGGCGUGCGAAGGUAAGGGCCUGGGUACGAGGUUGAUGAUACACUUGCAGUGAUGCAAUGCAUGCCUGCUGUCAUUAGAACAUGAGGGCUCAUAUAAUUAUAUGUAUGUUGCACUGCAGCUACCGUAUUUUUCUAUAUCGUUAUGCAAGUUGCUUUCGCUUGGGUUGAGAAAUCUGAUAUAUUAUUAUAGGUCAGAUUGUGAUCGUGAUAAAACACAUUCAUCUUACCGCUACUAUAUAAUUAUAGUCUAUAUAUGGCGUUGUUUUGAAGUUUUUAAUUCAUUACUCAUGCUGAGGGAAAUUCCCUGAUAUACACGUCAUUGGAAAUCCCCUGAAACACAACAACUUAGCAUAACCACAAUCUUAGUUUCGUUCUGUUGUGAUCAUAUAAAAUAUAUUCUUCGACUUCAUCUUUAUUAUUCGUCAGGUAGGUACGUCUAUUGUUUAUAUAUAGCCUAUAUUGCUAUCGUUAUAUCUAAUCAUAUAUUGCGGAUUUUACGGUAAAAGAAGCAGGACAGUGGACAGUGCUCCUAACAUUCAAAAUAUUUCCGAAGGAAUAUAGAUAGAUUGGCUGAUAAUAUUGCCACGCAUUCAUGCAAUAUAUAUUUAUUGAACUUGUGUGAGUUUUGCGACCUUUCUGCUUUCAAAAACAAAGUUUUAAACUUCAGUCAUGUGUGACAAAAGGAGUAAAUUAACGAAGAAGAAAUGUGUAUUCGUCUUCCUAGCCAUGAAAUGCAGUGUGGAAUGGAAUAAUUUAGACAACUAUACCUCAGUGCCAUUACGAGACAGGUUGUAGAAUUGCAUAAUACUUUCUAGAGAAUAUAAGUUCUAGUUGUACAAUGUUCAUAUAGUUAUAAAAUGUUAUGCCCAUUAACUUAUACAUUCGAUUUUUAAAAUUUUCAAUGUAAGAUGCAUCAGUGAUCCUAAACUGGCUAUAACACCUUCAGAAAUUGUGGUGUGUAAGUCGUUACCGCGAAGUCUCAUGGAUGAGAAAUUCCCUGCAAUAAGUUCAUGAUCAUCACACUAUUUAAAUAUGUGUAAUUGUAUACUGUAUGGCCGUUAUCCAUAUAAUUCGAUAAUUCCAAGUAAUACCUAUAUUAUGUUAUAGAAAGAAAAAAUAUGAAAUUUUAGUUUGUUUCCUGUAUAGGAUGAGCCAUCUGAUUUUAAGUAAUACUGCCAAUGUAAAAAAUAUUCGACACAAACAUACUCCUAAGCCAUUGGGUUUCAGUUCUUGGAAGGAAUAUUGGUGUUAUCAGUCAGAUGAAGAUUGGCCAAAAACGUGCCGAUUUCGUGGUUGCAGGAAAAACGCAAAUGGUAGUGCCCACGUUAUUGUAAACGAUGAUGAAGACUUUGAGUAUAUCAUCCCGAUGUGUAACGUCCACAAAAUCCCAGACCCAGGGUAUUCAGAAACCUUUUCAGUGAAGUCUGACACUUUUGCUGUCUACAUUGAUAGAGAAGAAAUUGUGACAGAUCUUGUUGCCAAUCUGACUGACAAGUAAGUAUGCAAUACUUGGAUUCUUUUACCAUAUCAACUGAUGUGAUUUUUAAUAAUGAUCAUUUUUAAUAGACCGUCAUAAAACUGCAUUAUCUUUGCGUGAAUUAUUAUUUAUUUAUAAUAUCUAAUAUCAAAUAUUCGCCUCAGAGACAGAGUUGCCUGACGUUUGUUUGCCAUUUGGGUUCCCAUGCAACUGCAUUUAAGAAGUAUUAGCGUAAAAUAGUUGGAAAUGUUAUUAUCGCGUGAAACGCACGUGGAUAUUAAAGUCACUCAUUUUUUCCUUUGUUCAGUUUAGGUGAGUUGUCCUUGAAAAGUGGUAUGCGAGUGCAGAACAUCUCGGGCACUCAUGCUUGCUUGCCACGAGGGUAUGGGUCGUGGAAGAAAUACUAUAAGGACGAUGACGAGCGUGAAUGGCCAGACAUGUGCCGCAUCGGCUGCUGUGAAGAACCUGCAAAAGGGGGAGCCCAUGUUCACAUUGAAGGGAAACGUAAUUGUACAUGUGUGUAUAUUGUACCCAUGUGUGAGCAGCACAACACUGCUCAAAAUAAAGAUUGGUUACCUGUGAAGAAAGGCACCAUUGCGGUGCGCGUUGACCAGGGAGACACAAGUGGACCCGCUGGCACCUGUUAUAGCACAAAAUGUCGAUAGAUUAUGGAGUUACGCGAUAUUUUCAAUGUACUAUGUAUUAGUUGUAAGAUGCAUGAAUAAAUAAUGAGGAUAGAAAGCAAUCAAGCUGGAAAUGUAUUUAGGUCACACACAUAUAUUGUAAACCUUGCUCUGUAUUGACAGUACAAUAUAAAGUUCAGGAAAAUCAUCAAUGUGAUUAAGAGAAAAUCUACAGUCGAGUACGGCUGAAUAGUUCAGAACUAAUACACCAUUAGUGACAUGUCUCAUUGACUUGAUAUAUAUAUGGCCCUGGUAAUUUCUUUUAUUAAUUAAAAAUAAUAUUAAUAUAAAAAGUGAUUUGUUAUAAUUUAAUUUAAUAGGCAUGUAGGACAUGAUAUUGCGAUUACUCUUUUUGACCUAAUAAGCAGCAUGCUGAUGCAUUGAAAAACUAUGUCUAUAUAUAUGGUCUUAUCUUAAUUAUAUAUCCAUAUAAAAGCAAAAAGAACACAAAGCUCGUUAGCAAAAUUUUUUGCUCUAUUAAAGGUGCUCAUAAAAAUUAUUGACCUUCUCUAACUAGAAUGUGGGCUCAUUAUUCUCACUUCUCAUCAACGGCUUCGUUAAAUACCAUGCACCUAAACCACCAGGUGAUCUCGUGUUCGUAUUUUAGCCAAUCAGCGCUCAGAAAGGGUUGUCCGAAUAGAAAUCCAUUUUGAUGUAUUCAGUCAAUUAUAUCUUUCGUUAUUCUUUAUGAAACUAGUUGAAAUUUUGUAAUUAUGUUUGGUUACGAGAACUAUAGCUCUGACAAAAAUAUGGAAUCGAAAUAAAGUAUAUUACAGGAGAUAUUCAGUUGUUUUAAUCAUAAAAUGGAUUUCUAUUUGACAACUAGUGCCGGUACUUUUCCACGUAUCAAGAUCAUCUGGCAUAAAUCGGCCAACUAAAAUCAUGUGCUUAAUCUUUAUAAAAAACCUGAUGUAUACAAAAUGCGUAAAAAAAUCUCUGAUGCAACAAAUUAGAUGGGUUCUCUUUUACAUGGUAUGAAUCGAACAAUCUUGUUGGCUCUGUUCACCAUUGCAUGGCUUUAAUUCGUAUUUCAUUUACGUCCUCCCAUGCAGCAGUCGAUAUCCCAACACGAUGAUUACAUUCUGUGUAGGUUUUUGGUCCCUUUUUUUUCCAUUUGUUAUAAUUGUUUGUUCCUUGAGUGGUGGGUCAUAUGGUGGGUCAGGUAGCAAAAUUUUGGCUACGGAUAAACAACACAUCAUUUAAGGAUAAUCAUUUAAGGUUGGUGAAGCAGCAAAAAUCUGUAUGGAUCUAAACUUGCAACCAACUUCCUUUACUAAAUAUUUGCUGGAACAAUAGCCUUAAAAAUUUCAUUAUACCUCAAAAAGAACUGCAUGGAAAACUUUUGCCAUUGUUUGAAAAAUAUUUUAAAAGAGCGCUUUGUUGAUUACUGGAAAGACAAUAUUCAACAAAGCGGAAAUCAAGGCAAACUAAGGACAUUCACAAAAGAUUAAAAAUAAAUUUCGAAUUUGAAAAAUAUAUUGCUGAAAUUGGCAAUAUUAAGCAUCGCCAAGCUAUUACAAAGCUCAGAAUUCGCCGCAUAGAUUACUUGUUGAAACAGGUCGAUAUUGCAAAGUUCCAUAUAAUGAAAGAAUAUGUCAGCAUUGUAAUUUAAACGAGGUAGGAAACGAACAACAUCAUUUAAUGCAGUGCAAUAAUGCAAAAUUUACUAAUAUCAGGGACGUUUUUAUAUAUAUAUAUAAACUUAACCAGAUAAACCACUCAUUUAGUUAUUUUAAUAAUCACGAUUUAUUUAUGUAUAUUCUUGCAAUGAAAGACAAAUUAUGUACUCAUUAUAUAUACCAG